AUGAAGUUUUCCGCCACUUUUCUGGCCGCAUUGGCGGGCCUCACCCUCACCUAUGCCGCUCCAACGCCCGGCUCUAAGCAAGUACGCUCACCAGACAACGAUGCUGAGGCGAUCUUCAAUGCAGAGUACAUUGCAUUGAGUGAAGCGGGUAAAGACGCCCAAGCGGAUUCCGAGGCCAUUUUCAAUGCUGAGUAUAUUGAAGCCAGUGAUGACGCCGAGGCCAUCUUCAACGCUGAAUACAUCGCGUUGAGCGAGGCCGGGAAGGAUGAAGAUGUCAAUGCUGAAGCCGAAGCUAUUUUCAACGCUGAGUACAUCGCCUUGAGCGAGGCGGGCAAAGAUGCAGAGUAACUGGAGCGCGAGCAUCAUGACCGAAAUCGCUGGUCCUAAGG